UCCCUCCCUCCCUCCUCCUCCCGCAGCCGGAGUGCAUUCCUCUCCUGUGCUCUCCAUUCACACGCAGGGAGCCGCCGCAGAGAGAGCACCUCCGACACCAGAGAGGAAUGUCCCCAAGUUUUGGAAUUUAAAACCAUGGCGAGGAUAUCUAACCUUCGGAUCACUUGAACUUGGCUCCCACCUCGUGCCUCUGUGGAUGAUGUUCCUGAUGACGGCUUGCAACACUGAGAACGGGACAGCCGAUCAAUAGGAGUUUUGUUGCCGCUCCCUUCAUCCUUCUCUCUGUCCCUGAAGCUGUCCUCCUUUAUUCCUGGACAGAAGAGUAAAACACGGAAGAAAACCCUGACUUCGCCCUUGCACCAGAGCUUGUACUUCUCCUCCUUCUCCUCCUCUCCUUCUCCUUCCCCACCCCCCUAAGCCUUGCCUCUAAACAGCCCAGAUAUGUGUCCCCUAUCUCAGUCAGCGGCUUCCCCUGGCCAGGGGAACUUGUGUUUCCUCUUGGGUUUUUUGCUUAUCAUGAGCUCAUCCCUUUCUGGAGCCCAACCCCCGCCCUUUAAACAGUUUGCUCCGACUGAGUCGGGGCUUACACAUCUGGCCAUCCACAACAAAACUGGAGAAGUAUAUGUGGGAGCCGUCAACUGGAUUUUUAAGCUGUCUAGCAACCUGACCAAACUGCGCAACCACAUGACUGGCCCAGUUGUGGACAAUGAGAAGUGCUACCCUCCGCCCAGUGUCCAGUCCUGUCCUCAUGAUCUAGCUCAGACCCCAAAUGUGAACAAGCUUCUUCUCAUAGACUAUGACCAAAACCGCCUCAUUGCCUGUGGCAGCACUUCUCAGGGGAUCUGCCAGUUCCUACGUCUGGACGACCUCUUUAAACUCGGCGAGCCCCACCACCGCAAGGAGCACUACCUCUCCAGUGUGGCAGAGUCUGGUACCAUGUCCGGGGUCAUCAUAAGCUCCCCCCACAGUACCACCAGCAAGUUAUUCAUCGGAACCCCUAUUGAUGGCAAAUCUGAGUACUUCCCCACCCUGUCUAGCCGCAAGCUGAUGGAGAAUGAAGAAAAUGCCGACAUGUUCAGCUUUGUCUACCAGGAUGAGUUUGUCUCCUCUCAACUGAAGAUCCCCUCGGACACUUUGUCUAAAUUCCCUGCUUUCGACAUUUAUUAUGUGUACAGCUUCAGCAGCGAGCAGUUUGUUUAUUACCUAACAAUGCAGCUGGACACUCAAUUGACUUCCCCAGAUGCUAGUGGAGAGCAGUUCUUCACUUCCAAAAUAGUCCGCCUCUGCGUGGAUGACCCCAAGUUUUACUCCUACGUAGAGUUUCCCAUUGGCUGCACUAAAGAUGGGGUAGAGUACCGCCUGGUGCAGGAUGCCUUCUUGGCUCAGCCGGGCCGGCAGCUGGCCAAGUCCCUGGGGAUCUCCGAGAAUGAAGACAUCCUCUUCACAGUCUUCUCUCAGGGUCAGAAGAAUCGGGCCAAACCACCCAAAGAGUCAGCAUUGUGUCUGUUCACCCUGAGGAGGAUAAAGGAGAAGAUCAAAGAGAGAAUUCAGUCCUGCUACAAGGGAGACGGCAAACUCUCCUUACCCUGGCUGCUCAACAAGGAGCUCGCCUGCAUCAACUCGCCACUGCAGAUAGACGAUAACUUCUGCGGUCAGGACUUCAACCAGCCUCUGGGGGGAACCAGCACCAUCGAGGGCAUCCCCCUCUUCAUCGACAAAGAUGAUGGCAUGACCUCCGUAGCAGCGUACGAUUACCAUGGGAACACCGUGGCUUUUGUUGGCACGCGGAACGGAAAACUUAAGAAG